AUGGCGGAUAAUCAGUCGGCCAUUGCACUCUCUCGCAAUCCCGAGUUUCACAAACGGACCAAACACUUUAAUGUGAAGUUCCCUUACCAGCGAUCAGUGCUGAAUGCAGGAGAGAUUAACCUGCAGUAUGUUCCCACUGAGGAGCAAACUGCUGAUGGUCUCACUAAGCCUUUAGGGCCAACGGCUUUUGCCAAGUUCUGUAGUCUCUUGGGAGUCUACGCCUCAGAGACUCCAAGGCAAAAUGUGUGA